AUGGACAAGAUUGAUAAUCCUUAUCUUAUUAUGCUUGAACGCCUUCAUGUUCUCGAUCAAUCUAUUUAUAUUCUAAAUUUAGUUAACAAUGAUCUUCGACAAAUUCUUCAAAAACAAAAACGUUUACCACAAUUUAUUUAUGAUUCAUUCAAACGAUCAACAAUAAAUAAAUCAAAAACUUCUCCUUCACUUCCUCCUCCUCCUCAACCAUCAAUUGAAAGUGAAGAAAUAAGUCUAGCUGCUAGUAUUAUUGACAAAGCAAAACGUACAAUUGAAAAUAUUGAUGAAAAGAAGCCAAAACAAUUAUCACAUAGAAUAGCAACAGCUCCGACAUCAACUCAAUCAAGUACUGUUCAAAAUAAUCGUUCAAAGACAUCUUCAUCUGUACGUCCGUCUUCAGCAAGUUCAACUAUUGCACCAUCAUCAGACUCGUCCUUGUCUCAGCAACAACAACCAAUUCGUCGUUAUGUACCUGCUCAUAUGAAAGCACCAUUUUUAACUCAACCGGAAAAAAAACGACGACCUACUUCAUCGAUUCGUACCAGUGCUCAAACUAAUUCAAGUAAAAAGCCAAGCGCAACACCUCGUUCUAUCAGUCAACAACGACGACAAUCGUCAUCUUCUAUUGCACAUUCGAUCGUUGAACUUCCUCAACAAAUAACACCAAUACCAGCAAUUCUUCCGGUGGAAAAUGAGAAGAAUUCAAUAAUCAAUGGUCAAAGCAACAAUGAUAUGAAUGAUGAAACUAUAAUUCCAGAGCAAACAUCUGUUAUGAUAACAACAGAUAAAUCUAAAAAGGUUUCUAACGAAACAAGUGAGAUAGACGUAUUGUCUGUUCCACAACCAAUUAUUCUUAAUCAAGCACUAAUUAAACCGUUACGUCGUUUAUGGAAGCAAAAUCAGAAUCUUCGUUUACGAUUAGAGAUUGAACUUAAAAAAAGAUCAACAACAUCAUCAUCAUCACCUGUAUUUAUUGAUCGUUUAAAUGAAAAAAUUCAUUCACCAACAAUUACGGAUGAGAUACAUAUACCAAAUAUUGAAGUAUUACUUCAGUUAGCCGUCAAACUUCGUACUAUUGUACUUUAUCUUCUUGAAAAUUCAACUUUUGAUAAUCCUGAAGGCACAGUUAAACGUUUGAAUACAUUGAAAUACCUUGUUAAUCAAUAUCAUCGCUUCUUUACUUCGAACAUUAAUAUUCUUGUUGCUAAACAUGAUUAUUGUCCUUCAAAUAUCAAUACAAAUAUCGAAGAAUGGUUGAAUAAAUCAAAAAUUAGUCCUUUAAAUCGUAAUAUUGUUCGAUAUACUGAUGAUAGUCAAUUAAUUGCAUUUACAGAAGUACGAUUUAAACAAUUUGAAAAUGAAUGUCGAUGGAUUGAAUUAAAUUGUCAUGAACAAAUGAUAAUGCAAUUUAAACAAUCAUUAUCAAAACAAAAUCAAAAUCAAAAUCAAAAUACUCUUCAAAUCUAUCGAGAAUUAAUGUGUCUUGUUACUGGUUUACAAACUUCUACACCAAUUGUCGUCGAGAAUAAAUUUGAAUGA